AUGCCUCCCAAAGCUCGUACUCCAGUGACUAUACUCAAAUUCAAGAGAUCACGCUCAACAUACUCCAUUCCAUUGAUACUCGACAAGAAGUCGCUCAAUCAGGAGACGUUUAUUACCGCUUUGACCAAUGCAAUCAACUCUACCGGAGGCCUACGCAUAGUUGAUAACCUUGAUCCCGAGGAAGAGGGGAUCCCUCCUCCUGAAGAAGAAGGCGUAGAGGUCUCUGCUGAAGACAUUCUGCUUGCUUUGCCAAAGGAUAGGAACGCUCCACAUGAAAACAAUUGGUUCCCAGUGGAAGAAGAUAAGCAAUUGGAGGACCUCGUAUUCAAUGACUACGACUAUAUUGCAUUCAAAUUUGCAGACGAUCUGGGUUUUCACAUUGAGGAAUCAGAGUUUGGCGAUCAACAGGAAUAG